AUGAUGCAUGGACAAGCCGAAAGUGAGGCAUCUGCGGAUGCUUAUGCACAGAAAGCAGUCAUGUCGCUACCUCUGGACUCAGUGUGCUCAGAGAGCGACGGUCACGCUCCUUCACCGGUGCAUCUCGAGAAAUCCGUUCACUUCUUGAUCGCAGUGGAAGAAGUCUGCAGCCGACUGGCUUUCGAAUUACAAUGUACUCGCGCAGGCUUCAACCAUGUAGUAACUUGUGAGACCUACACCGACUUCCUCCGGGUCAUGGACGAUUUUCAGACCAAGGACGGUGGUUGCAAGCACCUACUUGUCAUUCUUGGUCAGCCGUCAUGGCUCUCGUUGAUGCGAAGCUUCGUCGCCUGCCCUCGUCCCUUCCACGUGAUCGAUGCGUCCAUGGAGGGCGUGGGUGAGAGCAGGCCGAG